GAUGGAGAGUGCCGCAAGAGCCGAGCUCGUCUGCAACCACACGGCUGCGUGGGACUGGAUUUACGCCAUGCAGCCUGCCUACAUGUCCAUCAUCUGCCUCCUUGGAGUGAUCGGCAACUCCUGCGUGCUAGGUGUGUUCUGUCUGCAGAAGCGGCGCAGCUCCGUGGCCGACAUCUACCUGAGCAACCUGGCCGCGGCGGACCUGCUCAUGGUUUCCUGCCUGCCCUUCUGGGUGGAAACCGUGGUCAACAAGUUCCACUGGAGAUUUGGCGAGGCCAUGUGCCAGUUCAUCAACACUGUCAUCGGGAUGAACUAUUACUGCAGCGUGCUGUUUCUGACGCUCGUGAGCGUGGACAGGUACCUGGCCCUCACGAGGCCCCUAACCCGAGGGAGGGAGCGACGGGCCUGGUGGGCGCGGGCGGUUUGCUUCAUGGUCUGGAUCGCUGGGGUCCUGCUCAGCUUCCCGGCUAUCCUCUUCCGCUCCGUUCAAUUCCUCCCCGACCUGGGGGUCGACGCAUGCCGCGUAGACUAUCCCCAUGAAGGCUGGAGACUGCGCUACAACAUGACUGUCAGCACCGUAGGCUUCCUCAUUCCAGUUCCCAUUUUGUCUUUCUGCAGUUACCACAUCACCAAAGUUCUCCAGAGCAGCCGGAAGUUGAGAAAAGGCAAGGGGGGCAGUGUGGAAAGGAAGGCUGCGUUCCUGGUUCUUGUUGUUCUGGCUGCGUUCAUCCUCUGCUGGCUGCCCUACCAGGUUCUCAUCUUCUUGGACACUUUGGAUCACUUUGAAGUCUUUCCUGGAUGUACAUGGGCUUACGCCUUGGACAUUGGAGACCAGUUGGCUACUUAUCUUGGCUACAGCAACAGUUCAUUGAAUCCCUUCCUGUACGUGAUUGUGGGGAAACACUUUAAGCAACAGGCCAGGGAAGUGUUUACACGUUGCAGGAGAAAGAGGCAGAGGAAGUCCGGUCAUUUAACUGCUAAUCUCAACGCAACCAAACUAACUGAUAGCACAAAAAUCUGAAUCAACAACACAAAGAGAAAGGCAGCUGGUCAAGAACUCAGUUUAAAUAACAGAUAGAAAGUUACAUCAUAUGAUUACUUAUUAAAGAGUUGAUAAUCUUAAGAAAACAGCAAGAGGACAAUAGAUUUCCUUCAAUUCUUCAAAACAGCCCCCUGUUGCCAACUCUUUUCUAAUAAAAAAAAGCUAUUAGUCCAAGGUUAAAACUUUGCUAAACCUAGCAAGAAAGUUGCAAAGAUGGCUAUCUUUAGGACGCAUAUGGCUGUCACUCUGAGAGCUUGUGUAAGACUUUUGUUACGAGCAAUUUGAAAGGUUUGUAAAAGCACUGCAAAAGCAACAUAGAGCAGAUUAUUUUACUGUAUUUUUUGCUUCUGAGAUCUCAAUAUAACAAAGAUGUUUUUGAAGAAGGAUGUCAACUUUAACUACAAAAAUGCCACUUGGUCAAAUUUGCCUAAGAGUUUGAUAAGAAAGUUGAUACCACUUUCAUGUCUGUAAGAUAAAUAUGAAGAUUUGCCUACCAGCAUCUGGAACUAACAUUGUACAACAUUAGCCAUUAUACUGUCGUCUUUGUUAAUCUUGAAUUUGAUAUGAUUAUAAUGAAUGUAUUGUGAUAGUAGUUUCUCAUCCAGAACUUUUCCUUUUUACCUGCUAAUUUAAGCCAUUAUCGGUUUUGAUAAAGUUCUAAUGUAUAGGUGUUGUCCGAGGCCGUGCUUUAUGUUUAUUUAGCAACCAUCAGGAAAGAGUUUUUCUAAGAAGUUUGGGUUCAACUACUUAAAAAAACAACAAAUCCAUCACGUUUGUGUAUUAUGCUGCCCUCUGUAUGUGGAGUGAAAUAUAACUUUUGAUUAUGGAAUAAUAAUAUCUUUAAAAAUCGAGUCAACCGUGAAGCCUGUUUUUUAUCCGGAAGAGAAAAAUACCAUAUCUUUUCAGGAUAAUUCAGCAAUAAAUGUAAAAAGUGUUUUUUUUGCCAAAUUAAGUGGUAUCUAUUACUUUCAGAAGCAGGGUCAUUGUUUUGAUACGAAAAUAUUUUUGCCUUGACAAUGAGCCACAUUCCUUUGGAAAAUGUCAUAAUUGACUGCAAAAAUUCAAAUCAGCAGCUCUUGACCAUAAAAGGGAUGCUGCAGCUCAGAGUCAUUUUUAGAUAAAACAUCCCACUGCGGACUGACAAUAAAAUGUGU